GAUGCAGUUGUUAUGGUUUCUGGUCGGAGGCCCCGCCCCCGCCUCUGUCCAUGAAGAUCUUUGGGUGGUGCGGAUUCGAUGGCGGUGAUGGGGAUAGCAGCUGGCGAAGGAAAAAAAGACUGGAUAUUGGAGCCCCUCUCCCUGCCAGAGUCUCCAUGUUGCAAUUCCGAUGGAUUCAUUUCCCUGACAUUACCUUGCAUAUUUUGUGAAGUUGGUUAUCCUGCAGAAGAUCAAGAAAACCUGCUCAGACAUAUGAUUGUUGAACAUAACCUGGUGAUAGCUGAUGUGAAGCUCAUUGUUGAUUUCAAGAGGUACAUUUUGUAUUGGAAGAAAAGGUUUAUUGAGCAACCAAUAACAGAUUUUUGUACAGUAAUAAGAACUAAUGCCCAAGGUCCUGAAGAGAACCAAGUCGAAUAUUACCUUCUCUGUGAUGUUUUACCUGAGGACAGAGUGCUUAGAGAGCAGCUUCAGCAAAAAAAACUAGAAGAGGUUUUGGAACAGCAACAACAGGAAAGGAAUGACAGCAACUUUGCUCGUAUCUGUAUGUUUUGUAAUGAAGAAUUUGCAGGAAACAGGGCUGUUCUGUUUAACCACAUGGCUAAAGAUCACUCUUUCAAUGUGGGCUUACCAGACAAUAUUGUGUACUGCAAUGAAUUCCUGGAUUUGGUGCAGAAAAAAAUGGAUAAUUUACAGUGUUUAUACUGUGAGAAAACGUUCCGUGACAAGACGACUCUCAAAGAUCAUAUGAGGAAAAAACAGCAUCGCAGAAUCAAUUCCAAAAAUCAUGAAUAUGACAAAUUUUACACCAUCAACUAUCUGGAACUUGGGAAGAACUGGGAGGAAGUUCAGGCUGAAGAUGACAGAGAAAUGACAGAAGAGCAAGAUGAUGAUUGGUCAGAUUGGCAAGAUCAUCCAGUUUGUGUUGUUUGUCUCUUCUGUGAGAAAGCAAAAGAUACGACUGAAAAACUGCAACAUCACAUGAAGGUGGCUCAUCAAUUUGAUUUUCCAAAAUUGAAGUCUGAAAUGGGUUUAAAUUUCUACCAGCAAGUGAAAUUAGUAAAUUUUAUCAGAAGAGAAAUUCACCAGUGCCGAUGCAACAAGUGUGGGGAAAUGUUUAGCUCAAAAGCAGAUGUUGUAAACCAUAUGACUGAAACAAACCACAUGAUGUCACUGCUAGAGAGAUCUGCCUGGGAUCAGCCACAGUAUUAUUUUCCUACUUACGAAAAUGAUGCUCUACUUUGCUCCCUAUCUGAUUGCGAGAAUGAAUCUAUGGCUGACAACCAAGCAACAGACAUUCCUAUCAUUGCAGAAGAUAUUUCAAACUUGGAAACUUUAAAACAAAGUAGUAUUCUAAAUUGUUUGCACCACCCAAAUACCAAGAUCUAACAUGAAUUCUUUCUGUAAACAAGGAGAACCACUAUUUAGUGAAUCCACCAGUAGCAGCUUCUAAUAUUCUAUUGAUAUAACUAGCCAACAUCAAAGUAUUUAGACAAUUUGACUGUGAUUAGCUAAUUUAGUUCUUCUGUGCAGGAAAGCAGAGGUACUGUCAUGGUGCUAUUGAUGAACAUCUGCGUAGAGUCAUAGUGUCCCACAGCACACGGAUGCCGGUCCUUCAGCCCAGACUCGUCCAUGCCGAGCAAAAUGUCCAUCCACACUAACUCCUUUUGCCUGCACUUGGCCCAUAUCCUUCUAAAUCUUUCCUGUCUGUGUAUUUGUCCAAAUGUCUUUUAAAUGUUGUUAAUGUACCUGCCUCAACCACUUCCACUGGCAGCUCAUUCCAGAUGCGAACCACCCUCUGUGUAAAAAAGUUGCCCCUGAGGUUCUUUUUAAUCUUUCUCAGCUUGCCUUUAGAUGAGGCCCUCUAGGCCUUGAUUCCCCAACCCUGGAAAAAAGACUGAGUGCAUUCACCCUGUCCUUGCUAAACUUCUUGUGUACUCUUUUCCUAUAGCAAAGUGACAAAAACUGGUCACAAUACUCCAAGUGCAGCAUCCCCAACAUCUUGUAUAACUGCAACUUAACUUGUCAACUUCUAUGCUUAAUGCUCUGCCUGAUGAAGGCCAGGGUACCAAAAGCCGCCUUCACUGCCCUCUGAAGGUGAUUCCACAUUCAGAGAACCAUGCACAUGAAACUCCUACCUUGAUUUGACUUUCUGAAAUGCAACACCUCAUACUUUUAUCUAAAUUAAAUUCCUUUUGCGAUUUCUCAGCCCACUUCCUCAGCUGGUCAAGAUCCUGUUGCAAUUUUUGAUAACCCUCCUUACUGUCUUUGAUACCAACUAUUUUAGUGCCAUCUGCAAACUUACUAAUCAUGCCUUGUACAUUCUUAUACAAAUCAUUGAAAUAGAUAACGAACAGCAAUGGGCCCAGCACCGACGCCUGACACUGACCCCUGACACAGACCAUGAGUCACAGGCCUCCAGUCUGACAAGCAUCCUUCCACUAUUACCCUCUUUUCCUACUGUCAAGCCAAUUGUGAAUCCAAUUUGCCAGCUCUCCCUGGAUUCCACGUAAUCAAACCUUCCAGAGCAACCUGCCAAAUGAAACUUCAUCAAAGAUCUUACUGAAAUCCACAUUGGCUAUGUCUGCCACCCUGCCCUCAUCAACUUUCCUGGUCACAUCAUCAAAGAACUUAAACUAAUUUCUGAGGCAUGAUCUCUCAUGCACAAAGCCAUGCUGACUACUCCUGAUCAAACCCAAAUGCAUGCAUAUCUUAUUCCUCAGAAUUUUCUCCAGUAACUUACCAACCACAGCAGUAAAGCUUACUGGCCUAUAGUUUCCAGGCUUUUCUUUGCCCUUUAUUCAAAAAGGGGUGCAUAACAUUUACUACCCUCCAGUUUUCCGGGACCUCACGCAUGGCUAACGAUGAUGCAAAUAUGCCAGCCUGUCGCAGGGUUCUUGGAUAUAUCUGGUUAGGACUAGGACAUGUAUCCACUUUCAUUCAUUCUAAUGUGUCUAACACCACCUCUAAUGUGAUAUGGACUGUCCCCAAGAUAUCACCACUUGGAGCUGAUCGGAUAAUUCGUAGGCAACAAAGUUUUACUUGGAUAUAAUCAUAACAUUCUGCUGGUCUUAAGUUACUUGGUUUGGACUGGAACAAAAUAUUUUUGAAAUAAUUUGAUUUGUUGCAAUUUCUCAGUUCUUUUAAUCUUCCCAUUGGAUUUGUGAAUUGCAUUUCCCUUCACCCUACAUAUGUGCAAUUGAGAUUUGAUGUGAAAGACCGAUCCAGCCCAAGAGAAAGCAUUCAGAGUUUGUUUCUGAGCUGCUGAAAAUUGAAAUGAACAAUUUAUUUUUGAAGUUGCUGAAGAAGGUUUGUGAGACUUGAAACAUAAAUUCAGUUUCUCUCACCACAAGCUGCUGCCAGAACUUUAAGUUGCUCUGGCAUUUUUAUGGCCCCAUUGCUUAUUGUUUUGUUGUUGUUUGACAGUUUAUUGACUCUGCUAAUAAAUGACUUUUGGCAUCUGAAUACUUCAUUUAAGCAUGGCAACACAUUCAGUUUAGUUUGGUUUGUGAGCUGUUUUUAGCUUAGCAGUAAACGUAUUUGCAUAAAUUCCUAAUAAGUAGCAAAAUUGUUAUGUCUUAAGAUAAUGUUUAAAAUAUUCCAGUCAAUCAUGAAUACAAUAAAUUUCAGAAAAAUUAGUUUGUCACAUAUGGAAAGUAGUCAUAUUGUAAUUAAUUGUUACUGUCAUUUUGCAUUCUGGAUGGAAAAAUGUUGCAUCACAACAUUGGCAGCUGUGCUGUGGCAUUCUGGAAAUGAACACAGGAAAUGACUAAUGGACACAUUAUCCCAAAAUGCAAGUUGCCCUUUGAAAGAAUUGAUAAACAAAAAUAAGUUAUCCAAUGUGAGGUCACCUUAUUUAUUAUGUAUUCCCAUUUAGUUAGUUCAAGAAGGAAUAAGUUCAAAUGCAGCUUUUGAAUUUUUGUUGAACUAUUUUUAUGACUGUUCCAAAAAUCUAAUUCCGAAGUGGUCAGAAGUUUUCUAUCUUAUUGGUUUGUUUAAUCUCGAACCUUUUAAAAGAAAGCUCAACUUUUAUUUUAAUCUGCCUGUACACAUUCCUGAAAAGUUCAUUUGCAGCUAUUAAAUAUAUGAAAAUUGGCAGUGGUAUUGAUUUGAUAGAAUUGUAUGCUGUUCAAUUUUGCUUUGAUUAAAAACGAACUCAGCACUUAAAAAAUU